ACGACACUCGCCGCCGGGCUUCUGCGCCUUCAAGCGUCACCCAUCAACUUGAAAUCUCCAGAGCGGCGUGAGCUACAGGUAGAUCACAUGGCGCGCCGCGGAAGCAUGCCAUCGCGAACGCUGACGCACAGCAUCAAUGAAAACGUUCCGGAGACAUCCGACGUACCACCACUCGACGACGGAUUUAGCCUUGCGAUGGCGUCGUCAGUGUCAGUGAGCAGCUGGCUGCGAUUCAAAGGGGGCUUCUUCAAAGGAUGGACAAUGUACUACUUUGUCUUAACCCGAACCAACCAGUUGACGGCAUAUGCCACGGAUGACUACGAAGGCAAGCCGUGGAAGUUUCGUGUCCAAGCCAUGAUGGUGCAAACCAAUCGGUCUGUGCAUUUCGGCUUCAUCGUCACAACACUCAAAAACGGCACGAUCACGCUAGCUGCCACUAGCGGCCAAGAGUACAAACAAUGGAUCCAAGCAUUGUCUGCGAGACAGCCUCUUCAUCCACCUUUGACGCAGAAUGCACUAGAGGCUCAGAACGUGCGCUCGGCAGCGUCAGAGCAAUCUCAUACCACGCUUACGCCUGAAGAAGCUCAAAGCGACAUUUAUCUCUACGUGCCAACAGCCGUCAUCCCACUUCAGGGCAACGGAGGGCUUAUCGGUCAAGCGAAGGACGAAAUCUGCACAUUGCAGACCCACUUUGGCCAGAUUGUGCCGUUUCGAGGAAACCUGGACGACCCGUCGAUUCAGUGGCGAAUUGGCAAGCCCGACUAUGCGCUUCUCGAUCUUGCAUUUCUCCAAGGCAAGACCCACAACCACCCGCAACAGUCUCUCGAGUGGAUGGUCCAGAACCUGAUGAAGAAGUGGGAGAUGGAAGUUAGCCACAAGGCCAAUCUCGACCAGUGGUCCACUAUGCACUCUGAUAUGUUCACGCUCCAAGUGAACAUGGGGCCACCAGUCACGGCCGCAGACCUGCAUCGAAGUGGCAAGUACAACGGGUUGCUCUCCCACUGCCCGCGCCAUGUCUACGACGCCAGCGGAUCAUCUCGCCAGCGGUCAUACUCAGCAUUUUCGUCAAUGUUUCCUGAUGGAUUUGCGUGGGAGGUCCUCCAAGUGUUUUCCGCUCUUCCCCGCGUCUCAUUUUCGUGGCGGCAUUGGGGCUACUGCGCCUCGAAAAUGGACGACGCGUCCGAAGGCGACUUGAUUGAGUUGACUGGCUUCGCCAUCAUUGAAGUUGACCCAACGAUUCGCAUCAAUAGCAUGGACCUCUUCUUCAAACCCGAACCGUUUCUUGCGGCGCUACGCAAGAAGAGCUGUAGUGACAUCCCGACUAGCACGUCGUCGCGGUCGCGUCGAGCAAGCGUCCCACACGCGAAGUUGGCUGAAGCGCCAAAAAACACACAAUGGCGGGCGAUGCGACCAGAACUGCAAAGAGCAACUGCCCUCGACAACUCGACGAAUGAAGGGAACGACAUGCUGCGAUGUCCACAGCGUGGCGUAGAACGCAUGAAUGUGAAUCCAGUCCACCACCGCCAACAGCAUGAUCAUCCACAUACGAUGGCAGGAUAGAUUAUAUGUACCAUAAAAAUGAAUGUAUGGAAAAUCCCUUGUGCUGUUGA